CGAUGUUGGACUUAUGAGACUGCUGUUGCCUUAGACUGCGAAAUUCCUAAUGAAUUGCCAUAUAAUGAUUACUUUGAGUACUUUGGACCAGAUUUCAAACUGCAUAUAAGCCCAUCAAACAUGACAAAUCAGAACACUCCAGAAUAUAUGGAAAAGAUUAAGCAGCGUUUAUUUGAGAACUUGCGCAUGCUGCCCCAUGCUCCUGGUGUACAGAUGCAAGCUAUUCCAGAAGAUGCUGUGCAUGAAGACAGUGGUGAUGAAGAUGGUGAAGAUCCAGACAAACGUAUUUCUAUUCGGGCUUCUGAUAAGAGGAUAGCCUGUGAUGAAGAAUUUUCUGAUUCUGAAGAUGAAGGAGAAGGUGGACGCAGAAAUGUUACAGAUCAUAAGAAAGGAGCAAAGAAGGCACGCUUAGAAGAAGACAAAAAAGAGGCAGAAGACAAAAAAGCAGAUAUUAAAGAAGAAGACAAAUCUAAAGAUAACAGUAGUGAGAAAGUAGAUACCAAAGGCACAAAAUCAGAACAGCUAAGCAAUCCUUGAACACAAAGCCUUACAGUAUGUCAAUCAAAGGACCCAAUACUAUAAUGGAAAAAAAAAUACUAAGAGAAGUUUUUCGUACUGGAAGAGACAUUUUAUUUUCAUUUAGUAGAAUUUGGCAUGGAGCAUAUUUAUUUUCAAACAACUGUGUUUUGAUUUUUGGCAACUUGUAUUGUGAAUUCCCCAAUUAUGAUACAAAAUUUGUUCCUUCCACCAGGCUUUAUGUAAUACUAUUUAAAAUGGAUGUGAGUUAAGAUGUAGUUAAACGUCUAAACUGAUCUAUUAAAAUUUCCCUUUUCCCGGAUUGAUUUUAUCCCCUUUUUGUAAUUAUAUCUUUAUUAAAAAACAAACAAACUGUA